CGCUCAGAGAGGACCAUUGCGUGACAGACUAGCCAGAAAUCCAACAUGCGAUUUUAAGCCUGCCUAGGUUCAAAAAGAUGAUGAAAAUCCCGAGAGGUCAACUGGCUUGAAGUGCCGUUUCCUAAUACUAUUUAAUACAAUCUCCUAGACCCUAAUCAAAACUAUAUUUUCCUUGGCUAAAAUCCACAAAUCAAACUGUUUUCAAUUAACGCUCAGAUUUUUGGUAACUUGUCACGUAAACAUCAGCUUUGACGGACAAAUUGCGUGAUCAAUUAAUUAUGUGCAUUAAAUACGCCGAAAGUUAAUCCGUCCUUUUUAUAACCAAAAGUUAAAGACACGAACAGAUUUUUGUUUUAGUGUGUACUUAGUUACUUUUCAACGUUACUUUGAGGGUAAUUUGGUUAACAAAAGGUAUAAGUGGAAGGUUGUUUGAAUAGAUACUAGAAGAGCCGAUAAGCGAAACAAUUCGUUGCGUAGCAACUUAAACAACAACACCACACGCGCGCUGUUAAUGAAUGCACGCUUGUGAUGUCAAAACGUAUGGAUUUUAACAUGCCUAGCGAUGGGUUAACACUUCGUUCCGAACACGGUUCGCUUUGCUUUGCGCUUUACAUCUUCUGUGUACAACGUCGUAGUUUUUCUUUGAGUGGAAGCUUUGGAAUCCUGAAAGUGUGGAUUUUUCAUCGCGCGAACCCGUCCCUGAUAGCUCAAACAACUGUUCGUUCGUUCUUCCGGCGAUCUGACAUUGUGUAAUUUUCUCUGAGUGCCGGGGACGGUUCCCUGUCUUGUCGAUUCGUCGCGAUGCUAGAGUCAUCCAAAAGGAUUUAUAUCAAAGCGGAAGAGAGGUGAAGUCUUCUCCGACAACACAGGAACAAUUGAAGUUUGUUUUGAGCGAAAACAGAAACUGUGAACCAAACCGAUCAAAGAUGGCGGCCACGAAAGUAAAUUUUCCCGUACGAUCUGAUCACGAAAGUGGUCAAACAUCCAAGAAAGUUACUUUCUUUAUCAACGGGGAUCGUAACUUUAAGGGCCAAGUGAUGGUCAUUACUCCAAGGCGAUUUCGUAAUGUGGACAUGCUUUUGAAUGAGCUGUGUCGUCUGACGCACUUCAGAGACUUGCCCCUGGGAGUCCGAUAUCUAUUUUCCCUCGAGAGUGGCACCAGGGUUGACACAUUGGAUCAGUUAAUUGACGGCAAAGCUUACGUGUGCUCUUCACACUCCAGCCUGAAGAAGGUAUCAUACGGAGGGAAGCCUGCGAUCGCCCUUUGGAGCUCAAAACAACACAUCGAUUUCCCAGAUAUCCAACGAAUGCCUCACAACGAGUCGAAACGCCGGCCUGUUGAUGUUGCGCCGGUAAGAGGUGCCGAACCUUCGAGAAGACGGGGUUUCUCCGACCCUAGAUCAAAUCCAGAAGACAGCAAUCGGUUAAUAAUCAAACCUAAAACAGUUCAGGUGAUUAGAAAUGGGUCGCAGAAACCCCGUCCGGUAGUAACAGCUCUGUUAAACAAAAGAACAGCGCAGAAUCUAGAGCAAGUUUUGGACGAGGUAAGCAAUUCGCUUAGAAACGCCGGUGGUCUUAGCCCACCGCGGAAACUGUACUCAAUAUCGGGUCACCAGAUUCGCGAUGUGCUUGAGUUAUUUCGAGACGAAAACAAUAUAUUUAUAGCCGUUGGAAGCGAGAAAUUUAGCCGUGAGGACAUCACGGAUAUCAUGGAAGAUUUUGAACAGAGGAACUCGAAAAAAGAAAUGGCUAAACGAAAACAGUCGAGAAUUGGUAACGAUGGAAUGUCGCAAUCAAAACAAAAAAAUACCAAAGAACACGAGCAGCUGAAACCUAUCGGUAAAUCUGUUAACAAACCCGAGGAAAACAAGCUGCCAAAGCUUCCAGACAUACAUAAAAAAGUCGAGAAUAAACCAAGGCCUGAGAACAUUAACAGAACGCACGUGCAAGGAAACUCAAACCCGAAACGAGUUCAUCCCGCUAAAAAUACUUAUGAAAGAACUGCGGAGAAAAAGCCUACGAACUCUGUAAAGUUGCCCCAAAUCGGGAACGCUAAUUUAGUUUCGAAUUCAGAGAAGGAGAAUGUAAAAAACUGGGACUUAUCUCGACAGAAUAACGAAGAAAGUGACCGAGUUAACGAAUCGAUUGAACCAUUCGACGUGCGCGAAGUAGACACGACUAAAUCCAGUAGAAAAGUGUCCGUGAGUAAAAAACGCAACAAUGAUAAAAUUGACAGAAAAACCUCAAGGGAUGAUGGUGGAAUUACAUCAGAAGAGGAGGCAAAAUAUGGUACUGUCACAGACAAAACUGUAGAAGAUGUUUACGACAUGGGCAAGAAAAUCGGAGACGGGAAUUUUGCUGAUGUACGCGUUUGCAGCCAUAAGAUAACCAAGAAAGACUUUGCGUUAAAAAUCGUCGACAAGGCGAAAAUUCGAGGGAAAGAACAAAUGAUUCGGGACGAAAUAGACAUCAUGAGAAAAUGUAAGCACCCGAACAUUGUACGAAUGUACGAGGAUUACGACUCGACCAGGCAUAUUUAUCUGGUUAUGGAAUUGAUAAAGGGUGGUGAUCUCUUCGAUGCAAUUUCUUCGUCAGUCAAGUUUACCGAAACUGUUACCAAAAAUUACGUCAAAGACAUCGCGAAGGCACUGGCUUAUUUACACAAAAGAAAGAUCGUACACAGAGACUUGAAGCCUGAAAACUUGCUGGUCCACAAAAAGCCCAGUGGUGAAGCAAUUCUCAAGCUGGCUGAUUUCGGUUUAGCCAUGGUGGUGAAAUCACCGAUAUUCACAGUUUGUGGGACUCCCACAUAUGUAGCACCCGAAAUCCUGGAAGAGACUGGGUACGGGCUCAAGGUCGACAUGUGGGCAGCGGGUGUCAUCACUUACAUCAUGCUCUGUGGAUUCCCGCCAUUUCGCAGCGCCAAGAAAGACCAGGAUGAACUAUUCGAUCUGAUCAUGGAAGGGGACUACGAAUUCCUGUCACCCUACUGGGAUAAAGUCUCCAGCGAAGCUAAAGACUUGAUUUCCAAACUCCUUGUGGUGAACCAUAACCAGCGUUACAGCGCCGAGGAAGUGUUAGCUCACCCGUGGGUGGGAGGUAGUACAGACGUCUCCCUCAGUAGGGAGUAUCUUGGUCAGAAUCCCGCCGCGAAGAGGAGGUUUAAAACUGCUGCACUGGCCGUCACAGGAGUGAAAAGAUUUGAAAAGUUGACAGAGCAGUUCCAGCGUCAGCGAGGGGAGAAGAUCAUUAUCACCUAACAAGUUAGAAGAAUGAAUUGACCAGACAGUAGCAAAUUAGUUGAACUAAUUUGCUACUGUCUGGUCAAUUUAUUUUCGGAGCUUGUUUUUAAGGUAUAUGUGAGAGAAGAGGUAGAUCCAAUCGGCUUUAAGUAAGACGCACUGAAGCUAACGAAACAAACAAAACGCAACAUGUGCAGUUAGUACUGUUCAUUUGUAACUUGUGCACAAGAUCAACCCUUUCUCCUGAAUUUGUUCGUGUAACUUUAUCUUUGUCCGCGGGAGAAAUAAACAGUUUUUCAGUACCCUAAUGAGUCUAGUCAUAGUGCGAGGUACUUGAAACAUCCGAAUUAAAUUCUUAAAUCUAACGUUUUGAUAAUUCGGUUUGUUAUACAUUGAAUAUUUUCAUUGUUAUUAGACACUUCUUACUUCGUUCUUACUAAGAAAUCUGUUUGCUAGUAGUUACGUCGAGGUGUUUUCUACUUUAAUGAAGCAAACCACAGCUCAGUUUGAUCAGUUUGAUCGAGGCAUCGUUAGUUGUUAGAUAUAGUAGCUAAGGAAAGAAAAUUACUUAUCAAUCAUACAAUCCACAGAUAAUAGUUAA